AUGAUCAAAUUCAAGGUGUUAGUGGAGUUAUUAGGAGAUUUAGUGGUAAAGAUGAUGACCGAUGUAGGUGAAGUUGGUAAAGAUGAUUGCAAAAUGAGUGGUAAAAAAGGUGGUGCGAGUGCCAAAAUUAGUAGAACUUGUGGAGUGGAUGGUGGCAUAGGUGGUGAAAGCAAUGGUAGUGGCAAAGCUAGUGGAACUAGUAAAGGUGAAAGUGGCGAGCUUAUGGAACUAGUUGACAUGAAAGUGGCAGAGAUAAUGGUAAAACUAAUGGAAAUAGUGGUGGUGGACUUGGAGUAG